AUGCGCUCUCUGCGCUCGCUCUCCGUCUUCGUGCUGCUUGCUGACGUCUCGGCGUUCUCCUCAGUCCCCGAGGAGCCGCCCUCUCCGUCGCCCUCCCCUUCUCCGGCUCCGUCGCCGUCGCCGUCGCCGCCGCCCGCAGGGCCGCCGCCCGCAGGGCCGCCCCCGUCGCCGCCACCCUCGGCCGAGCCGACACCGCCGCCCUCUGCGUCACCAUCCCCGCCACCUUCGCCCUCCCCACCCUCGGCGCCCGAGCCACCGCCUCCACCCGUCGCCGAUCUCUUCUUUGGCACCGGCUCCUCCAAUUUGCUGCUUCACAACGACGGGAAUGGCAUCUUCGUCACGCAGGAGACUGUUGGCGCUUCGUCGUACGAGACCCGCUCGGUCGCGCGCGGCGGCGACUUCAAUGGCGACGGGAUGCCAGACCUGCUCCUCGGCAACCGCUGGCCCGGCUCGGGCAACGUCCCCAACCAGCUCCUCCUCAGCAAAGCUGAGGGCAGCUUCGACGAGCCGAUCGAUCUCCCAGGCACCGAGGAGAUGUCGACGUGCGGCGGGGCCGUCGGCGACGUGGACGGCGACGGCUUUGACGACCUCGUCUUCGCCAACGGCAACGGCUGCCAGGGCUAUGGCACCGAACAAGAGGCGUACAUCAUGUACGGCAAGGGAGGCACCAGCUUUGAGGCGCCGGUGGCGCUGCCGGGCGGCGUGAUGGACUCCGUUUCGGUCGAGAUCGCCGACUUGACGGGCGACGGCAAGAACGAUAUCGUCCUCGACAACCUGUACGCGGGAGUCAAGCUGCUCAAGAACGCGGGCAGCCGCGGCAACUUCGAAGAGGUCAUGCUCACUGACAAGUACGGCCCGGAGACGCGCCCGCCCGCCGGCUCGGGCUACAUGGUCAAGGCCAUGGGCGUUCACGACAUGGACGGCGACGGAGACCUCGACCUCGUGCUCGGUACGCAGCCCAACCUCCUCCUCCUCAACGGUGGCAACGGUGACUUCGCCGACCCGGUCCAGCUCCCUUCGCCGGAGAGCUGGACCGGAAGCUCGUCCGUCGUCACGAUCGGCGACGUGGACGGCGACGGCCACCCGGACGUCGUCUUCGGCGGCACAAAGGGUUGCUACGUCCUGUGGAACGAGCCAAACGCCGACGGCGGACGCGCCCUCCUCUUCGCGUCCGGGCUGCCGUCCGAGCAGCCGUCCACGUUCGGCCUGGCCGACGGCGGCACCGACGUCUUCCCCGGCACACGCAGGUCCCAGGUCGGGGCGGUCGCCCUCGGCAAUGUCUUUGGGAACGGCCGCGUCGACAUCGUGAUCGGCCACCAAACCUUCAACGGCGGUCCGCCCGAGCUGGUCGAAAACACGGGCAACCGCGGCUUUGGGAGCGUCGUCCCGCUCGACCCGCCAGGCUGGAUCGACGUCAACGCCAUCGCGCUACUCGCGCCGCCUGCGCCGCCGCCGGCGCCCCUCGACUGCGGCUCCUUCUCGCCCUGCGAGGAUGGGGAGUGCACCGACGCGCCCCCCAACCUGAACCCGCCCGGCCCAAGCGAGCGCAACGUGUGCGUCGGCAAGAGCGGCUGCGUGGAGAUGACGGGUGGGUACGGCUACUGGCUCUGCUGCUCCCCCUCGGAAGACGGCACGCCGUGCCUCCGACCGAACAAGCCGUACACCACCCCGUACUAUCGCUUCGGCGACUCGCUCGAUGAGUGUCUCGCGUUUGGCUGCGGCGAGUGA